CCCAAUCAGGCCGUGGUUUCACCCAUGGAGCAAUGGCCACAAAGAAAAGAAGAGACAGGAGAGAAAGCCCUUAGCUGCACAGUUUGUGCUGCUGAAGGUUCCAACUAGCAGUAAUCCAACUGGAGGUGUGCCUUUAUUUGCCUGAGCUAGAAAGGCGUGCGUCAGCUUUUGGGGACACUCAUCCAUGUACAGUAGGUUCCAGGUAAAGGUGCGUGGGGGUCAUAGUGCCUUGCUAUAGCAGAGAGUGGGGCCUUUGAUUGGCACACUAAAGUGUAAGAAGAUGUCAUGACUGUCGUGAUUGGACAAAUGAAGAUGAAGGUUAACAUUCAUGUGAGACUGAACACACUUCUCAUCGUAUGGUGCAGCCUUUGUCUCACUUUCACUGGAGCCUCAGAAACAGAGCGCAGGCUCCAUCAGAAGCUAUUUGAGAACUACAACAUGAAAGUCAGACCAGCUCGUUACUGGGAGGAGAAGGUGAUGGUGCGAGUUGGGAUGACCCUCUCUCAGCUUGUCAGCUUGAACGAGAAGAACGGUGAGAUGACAACCAACGUGUUCAUGAAUCUGGCAUGGACAGACUACAGGUUGUCAUGGAACCCAGAGGACUAUGACAACAUUGAUGUUUUGAGGAUUCCUCCCAACAAGGUGUGGCGUCCUGACAUCUACCUCAUAAACAAUAAUGAUGGUCAGUUUGAUGUGGCCUUGUAUGUCAACGUCUUGGUUUACAGUGAUGGGACAGUCAACUGGCUUCCCCCAGCCAUCUACCGCAGCUCCUGCUCUAUAGAGGUGGCGUACUUCCCGUUUGACUGGCAGAACUGCAGCAUGGUUUUCCGCUCGUACACCUAUGAUGCCUCUGAGGUGGAUCUGCAGUACUUCCUGGAUGAUCAUGGCAAAGAGAUCCAUGAGAUUGUUAUAGAUGAGAAUGCUUUCACUGAGAAUGGAGAAUGGGCCAUCUGUCACAAACCCACAAGGAAGAACAUUAAGGAGGACCUAUAUGAGGACAUCACCUUCUAUCUCAUCAUACAGAGGAAGCCUCUUUUCUACAUCAUCAACAUCAUCGUGCCCUGCAUCCUCACCAGUGUGUUGGCCAUAUUUGUCUUCUACCUGCCUCCUGGAGCAGGAGAGAAGAUGACUCUCUCCAUUUCCGUCCUCAUCGCUCUGACUGUCUUCAUGCUGCUGCUAGCUGACAAGGUCCCUGAGACUUCCCUUGGCAUCCCAAUUAUUGUCAACUACGUCAUGUUCACCAUGAUCCUGGUCACCUUCUCUGUCAUCCUAAGCGUGGUUGUCCUCAAUUUGCACCACCGAACACCCAGCACACACAUCAUGCCAAACUGGGUUCGAAAGGUGUUCAUUCACUUCCUACCCAAGUACAUUGGCAUGAUGAGGCCAAACCCAGAGGAACCUCUGUUGAAGGAGGAGUCAAACGAUGACACACCUAUCCGAAGCUUCAAUGGACGGCAGCCUGGAGGAGAGUACUUCUUUCGCAAGAUCAACCCAGAUAUUGUCAUACCCUGGAGAGGCAGGUGUGAGAGCACAGUGCAGCUCCAGCAGCUCCCGAACACUGACAGCUACUGUCUGAUCCUCCCUCCCAACCUGAAGUCAGCCAUCGCCGCUGUGACAUACAUGGCCGAGCAACUGAAGAAGCAGGACACGGACGACACAAUGACAGGAGAUUGGCAGUUCAUCGCUCUGGUGGUGGACCGUCUCUUCCUGUGGUUGUUUGUCAUCAUCACCACCCUGGGAACCCUGGCCAUGUUCUUGGAUGCCAGUUUCAACUACACUCCUGAUAACCCCUUCCCAUAGAUGACAACAGACACACACGCAGUUGGAGCUUGAUAAAUUGUUUGGUUGUCACUUUAUUUCUACUUCUUUUUGGUGCUUUCUGAAAUCACCAGAUCUGACUUUCCAUAAAUACCUAUUCCAUAUUUCUGUUGUCAGCCUCUGAGAUGUUUUGUGAGGUCAGGUUGCAGGUGAAAACGUGUCACAUACACAGGCCUGACACAUGGCUGACAUAAUAACAGAAUCCAUGUAUAGAUAUACAG